UAAUAUUUUGCGAUCAAUCUGAUGCCACAGGAAGAGGUAGAAAUGCCCAAGGGAGAGAAGCCCACCGAGGAGGAAAGCCAGCUGAGAGCCGCCCUGCGCUGCGUGGGCUUUGCCUCAGGGGUCAUCAUCGGGCUGAUCGUGUAUGGCGUAUUGCAGGAGCGCAUCAUGUCCGAACCCUACGACAACGAGAUUUUCAGGACCUCCGUUUUCUUAGUCUUCAUGAACCGCGUGGCCGCCAUCUUGUUUGCACUACUCAUGGUGGCCAUUCAGGGCGAAAGUUACAAAGCUUCUGUGCCGCUUUGGAAAUAUUUGGCGGUCUCCCUGUCCAACGUGGCGGCCACGUGGUGCCAGUAUGAGGCCCGCUUCUUCGAGGCUUUGAAGUACGUGACCUUCCCCGUACAGAUGCUGGGGAAGAGCUUCAAGAUGAUGCCUGUGAUGGUGUGGGGCAUCCUGAUCUCGGGUCAGAAGUACAAAGCGACCGACUGGCUCAUUGCUGCAGGAGUCACUGGCGGAGUGACAGCCUUCCUCAUGACAGGCGACAUCAAGUCGAAGCACUCGGAGGGCAGCAGUGCUUAUGGUUUGCUGCUGCUGUGUUGUUUUCUUGCAUGUGAUGGUUUCACCUCAACCUUUCAAGAAAAGUUGUUCAAGGAGCACAAGACAUCCAAGUACAAUCAGAUGCUCUACGUGAAUGGCAGCAGCUCGCUGGUCUCGGCGGCGACGUUGCUCGUCUCGGGUGGCUUCUUCCAGGCAAUGGGCUUCAUUGGUAGGCACCCCAACUUCAUUUUCGAUGCCUCCAUCCUUUCCGCCUCGGCGGUCACCGGGCAGUUUUUCAUCUACUCCCUGGUGAAGGAGUUUGGAGCUCUGGUGCUGGCAGCAACCAUGAAUAUGCGCCAGGUCUUAUCGAUCCUUACCUCCUACAUCAAGUACUCUCAUCCCAUCAGCUUCCUUCAAAUCCUGUCGCUUUGCGCCGUUUUCGCAUCGCUCUUCUACAAGAGUUACUUGAGCUACCUCAAGGGAAAGCAGCCCAAAGAACCGAAGACACCAGGC